CAUCCCGUCCCGUCCCGUCCCGUCCGGUCCCGUCCCGUCCGUGGGCCGCGAUGCCGCGCUGGGGUCGUCCGCAGCGGGACGAAAAGUCCCAGCUGCAGGAGCUGAACGUGCGCCUGCAGGACUACGUGUGCCGCGUGCGGCAGCUGGAGGCGGAGAACGAGCAGCUGGCGGGGGAGCUGGCGGCCCGGCGCGGGCGGGAGGCGGAGCGGGCGGCCGUCGAGGCGGCGGCGGAGGCGGAGGCGGAGGCGGAGGCGUCCGAGCUGCGGCGGCGCCUGGAGCACCUGGGCCGGGAGCAGCGGCGGGCGGAGGCCGGGCGGGCCGGCCUGGCACGGGAGCUGCGGGACCUGCGGCUGCGGGCCGACGAGGUGCGGGAGGCGCGGGGCCGCCUGGACGCCCAGCUGGGCGAGCAGCUGGUCCGCCUGCAGGAGGAGCGGGCCGCCCGUCCGGAGCUGGAGGCGCGGCUCCGGCGGCUGCGGGAGGGCCGGAGGCUCCUGCUGGCCGGCCGCCGGGACCGGCUGCGGGAGCUCGAGGAGCUGCGGGACCGGCCCCUCGCCGUCCGCCCCGUCCGGCCCGUCCGGCCCGUCCGGCCGCCGCCCCCGCCCGCGCUGCGGGAGCUCCGGGCCGCCUGCGCCCUGCUGGCCCACGGCGCUCGGGAGGACACCGUCCGGAGGUCCCGGGGGCGGCUGCGGGAGCUGGAGGAGGCCGCCCGGCUGGGGCGGGAAGGCCGGCUGCGGGCCGAGGAGGAGCAGCGGCGGAGCCUGCGGGAGCUCGACGCGCUGCAGCGCCAGGCCCGGGACCUCGACCUGCUGCGCCAAGCGCUGGAAGAACAGCUCCUCCAAAGGCGGGACCGCUACGGCCUGGAGAUCGGACAGCUCCAGGAAGUAAUCGACCUUCUGGAGGAUGAAAAGGAGACCUUGACCAGGACCAUCACAGAUCGGCUGAAGGACUACCAAGAAUUAGUGCAGGUGAAGAUGGGCCUGAGCCUUGAAGUUGCAACAUACCGAGCCUUACUGGAAGGAGAGAGCAACCCGGAGAUACUAAUAUGGACCGAACACAUUCAAAAUGUACCCCAAGAUUUCAGAAACAGAUCUUAUGAUUACACAAAGUGGGUAUUACAAAAAGAAAAUGAAAGAAACAUACUUCCAGGACAGAAAAUACCUUCUGCAAAUAUAAAUAGAUCAGCGCUGUAUUCAGCUCAAUCAGCAUAUUUUGGACCACAGAAUACAUCAACAAGAGGAGUUUUAGGAAAAGAUUUGCCUGAUUCAGGAGGUUCUUCUUCAGCCACUAUCAAACAGGAAAGUUCAACUUCAGAAGAUCACACAGUUUUCAGAACAUUUUCUCCAACCUAUGAUCUCCUGAAAAAAACUGAAUCUCAGCUCAGAUCAUUUUCUGAACAACAGAGGACAGACGGUACAAAUAUUGAGAGCUUAAAUUUAGCCAGGGAGUUAACUCUCAAAGCAAACCGAGAAUCCAGAGAUGAUGCGAGGGUUCAGGUUUCUGAUAAUUCUCAUUCAAAAAUGCUUCCUACUCAAUUUCCAACUUCUGAACGACAUCUUAAAUGCAUUGAUGAAAUGCAUUUGGCAGGAAAAGAGGAGCCAAAGGAGCCAAAGUCAAUUAAAAUGGAAAGGAAGAUUUUGUUAGAAGAAAAAUAUGACCAGGACAUUCCAUCCAAGAAAGAAAACAUAAGAAAAGCAGAUAAAGCCAGAGACGAAAGAAGUGUUGUUUUAGGAAAAAAUACUGAUGAUAAAUCAUCAACAGAGUACAAAAAACCCGUAAUAGAAACAACUAUAAAAGAUAAAGCAAUCCAAGAUGAGAAAAGAUUUGCAUCAAAAGAAAAGCCUUCAGAGGAGAGAACCUUAAGAUGGGAGGAAUUGACUAAACUAGAUAAAGAAACAAGAGAAAGAGAAACUAUGCAGAGGAAAGAAAAGAGUAAAGAAAGUGAAUCUACUAAAGAGAAAUGUGGGACAUAUGGAGAAAACAUAGAAAUAGAAGUACCCAGAAGCUUUGAAGGGAAGAUGCAUGAAAAAGUGUCAGAAGAAAGUGAAACAGAGUUAUCACUGCAAAAAUCACCAACAUCUCAAAGAAAGUACAAUGAUCUUGGCACUAACAAGAUUUCAGCUUAUUUUGAAUCCAGUGCUGGUGAGAAAGAUCUGGAAUUCAAGGAGGAAACCAGAGACUCCAGCACCUCCAAAAUGGAUUCCUCAGUGACAGAAACCAUAGCAGAAAAUAUUGUUGCCAGUGUUCUUCAGAGGUUUGUACAGCCUUCUGACUCAACUUCAGCAGGAACAUCUCCAGAUACAAAAGUUACUUAUGUGGAAAGGAAGGAGCUUCCUGGUAAAGGCAAGGCAAAGACUGAGAUUAUUGUGGAAUCUAAGGUGCUUGAAGAUAUAGAUGUUUCCGAUGAAGACAGCCUAGAGCAUCUUCUAAGCAAAGAUAUUAAGGAACUUGAUAUUCAAGGGAAGUCAACAGAAACAAUGAUAGAAGAGAUAAUGAGUCUGGGCCUAAAAGGGAAAGAAGGGAGGGGUAAAAUAGUUAAUGUUGAAAUUGUUGAGGAACCCCUUGGAUAUGUCUCUGAUGAGAAGACUGAGCUUUUAACACCCUUUGAAGUAGAGGAAGUGGAUGAUUUUUCUCCAGGUAUUGAAAGACAUUAUGACGUUGAAGAAGGUGAUGAAGAAGCAGGUAUCUUUUGGGCUAGUAAGUUGAAAAAGACUACCCCGGAACAUCAGAACCUAACACAUGUUGAAGAGGUAACUGAGCCAGGCGACUCCGAGAGUGAACAGAGAUAUUUUGUGUCUACUCCAGAAGAAUACCCUUUGACUCGCGAGAGAGAUGAAGGCUCAGUUUAUGGGCAGAUUCACAUAGAAGAAGAGUCAACCAUCAAAUAUUCUUGGCAAGAUGAAUUUUCCCAAAGUGCACAGAGUAGGAGAAAGAAAGACAGAUUUCCUGGAGAGGAAAUUAUAAGCUCAUCAGAUAUUACCUAUGCAAGGUCAGAGGAAGGCAUAGGCUCAUAUCACUCAAAAGAGGAAGACCUGAAAGGUGAUUCAGUACGGGCCGAGUCCAUUGUCAUUGAAAAGGAAAUUAAAAUAUCCCCUGAGUUCCAGACAUCAAUAAAGGGACUCCUCAGCAAAGACCCCAAACAUCAGUUGGUGGAAGCAAUAGAGAAGCUAGAAGGGAGCCUGCCAGAAAGCAUAAGAGAGGAGCUGUCUGUCCUGACCAAGGAGAGGCAAGGGGACAUUGCAGUUGACAUCAAAAAGGUUGAACAAACCACCGAAGGCAGUUCGGUAACAAUUGUAGCUGAAGUAAAUCUGUCUCAAAUCGUGGAUGCUGACCAGCUCAAUAUUGAACAGCUCAGGAAAGAUGAAGUAAGAGAAUCAGAGAAAACAUUACUCUCCACAGAUACUUUUGGGGCACACCAUAGCCGGGAAUCUGAAAGCUUUGAUCAUCAAGAUGGUCAUGACAGUUACAGCUUUAGUAGUAAACCCAGGCGCUGGGAUAGCCGAGAAAUUUUCAGCUCCUCUAGAGAGGAAGGAGAUGGUGGCGCAGAACAUUACAUCACUGAAAAAGUUGCCUGCCGGGGUCCAGUUUCUGCAACGGUGGAAGUUAGCAGCCCAAGAGGUUUUGAACAAAUCCAGGUGUUGGAAGAUGUAAACCAGUCUGUCAAGCACAUACAAAUAGGCCCCACUGAAAUUCAGAGGCCAGAGCGUAUCCUCUAUGGAGGGGCUGAGGUAAGUGGGGAAGGAGGAGGCCUCAGUCAGACAGAGGGCUCAGUUAGUAUGGGAAGGUCCCUGAGGCAUUUUCAGCUGGGUCCUAAUACAAGCCAAAUGGCCAAAGAGAUCAUUUUCAGAGGGCCUGCUUCUGCAGUCCAGGAAGUGGGUGGCAGUGAAGACCUGGGACAGGGAGAGAGUUCCAAAAGGCACAUCACACUGGGGUCCAAACAGCUUCCUGCCAACAGAGAAAUCAUUGUUCAUGAGUCCAUUUCUGAGUCUGGGCAAGAGGAAGACUAUUCUCAGGGUGAAGGGUCAGUUAACACCCAGACCUCCGGAAGAUAUUUUAAGCUAGACCCUAAAGAAACAUAUUCAGAGCAAGUCAUUUUCAGGGGCCCUCUUUCCAAUGUAAAGGAAUUCAGUGUCAGAGGAAACACCUCUUCCACAGAAGGGUCACUGAAUAGCGAUACAGCAAUCAGACACAUCAAAGUUGGGUCUCGAGAAUUUCAGACUGAACAAAUCAUUUUCCAUGGGCCUGUUUCUCAUCAUGUGGAGUUUAGUGACUCCGGAAACACUUUUCAACCAGAGGGCUCAUCAGACACAAAUAGGUGCAUUCAGAGAGGCGGGCCUAAUCAGAAAGCGUUUACCCCAAAUGAGCAAAUUGUCUACCAGGGGGCCAUUUCUGAAUCUACUUGGAAGAGGCAUGCAGGGGAUAUGCCAGAAACAGGAGAAGCAACAGAUGGUAGCAGAUCCAUCAGGCACAUUAAGUUAAGCCCCACAGAAACCCGAAGCACUGAACAAAUUGUCUUCUGUGGACCUAUUUCUAAGGCUUCUCCAUCUGGUGGCUCAGAUGAUGUGUCUGAGCCAGAAGGGGUAACAGAUAGCCACAGAUCUAUCAGGAACAUUAAACUGGGGUCCAAAGAAACUUCAUUUACCUUUCAGAUGGAUGUAUCUGACAUGGAGAUGCCAUCCACCACUACUAGAAGUAUGCAGGAAGCUACCAUCAUCCUUCCUCAAAGGAAGGAAAUGAAUGUGCUCAUUGGAUCGGAUGAUUGGAAAGGCAUUGAAAGUCAGUCGGGAGUAGAAGAAGGUGUGGGGUUUAACGAGUCUAUUGGAAAAAAAUGGGCUUCAGGGGAAGGUGUUGUGGAGAAGUCUUCGUUUGAAAAAACCGUGGAGCUGCAAAGAAUGGUAGACCAAAGGUCAGUGAUUUCGGAUGAAAAGAAAAUUGCUGUCCUCUACCUAGACAAGGAACAGGAGGAGGAGGAGGAUGAUAAUGAUGGACGUUGGUUUUGAAAAGAAAAAAAGACAACAUUUUAAUCACAUCCUGCAUAGCCGCUUUUCAGUCAUUAUGACUCUGCUUCUUAUCAUUUGGGUAGAUGAUUGCUAGUUCUAAACUGUUAUAGCCUCUCUUUUUCUUGCUUAAGCUGCUUCAGAAGGAGAGUUCCAGCAAAGUGAAGGGACUUCACAGGUCCCUCUCUUUAAGCACUAGAUUACUUCAGUCUUUGGGAUUUUUUUACAGUUUGAUCUUCAUUUUGUGAAUGGAAUUUAACAAAUGACUCUCAUCUUCAAGUUGGUGUCAGUGUUUGGAAACUGGUUUUUCUCAGUUUUCCUCCUGAUCCUACAAAUGCCAUAAUUUUUACUAACUUUGAAAGCUUUUAUAAUAAUUUAAAUAAUCCAUAAUAACUAUAGUUAGAUUUAAAAAUAAUUCCAUUUGCAAGAGGUAGUAUUAAGUGACACACACUAAAGUUAAACAGUCACAUCCAAAUUAUUGGAGAACCAAAUUAUAUAAGAAUAUUGAAGCUAUUUUCAAGUUUCUUACACUCAUAACUAUCAUAUAAAAGAUUAACUCUUAACAUUUCAGAUUUUUCAGGAGAAAGUUUAGUAUCCUGAAAACAGGCUUGAAAUAGAUUUGUGUCUUUAAAACAGUCUAUGUAAACAGAUUGAUUACAUAGGCUAUUGUAAUAUUUAUAAGCUAUUAAUGGAUUGAAAAUGUGCAAAUGAGAGAAUCAGUCUUACUAUUGUGGCAUACUGUAUAACUGCAUCAGAGAUAUAAGAAACUAUAAAGGUAGGAAUGUAGUUCAUUUUCAUUGCCUUGAGUACUUUUUACUUAGCACUUUAACAUGAAAUGCAUUCAUUUCAUAUCAUUAUAUAAUAGUCUCAUCCCCUAAAAAUCACCUUUUGAGUCUAGUGUCCCUAUGACUCUAAUAUAACAUUGCUGAGCUGAUGAGUCAUGGGAAAGGUGAUAUGAAUUUUAUACCUCUGGCUUAAAUCUGGCAUAACAAGUUUCAUUUAAGUGUAUAUUUUUUUAAAAAAGGAGGCUUGUUCAUUUAAAGGAAUCAAAUAAGAGCUCUAAUUAGGCCUUUGUCAACACUCUGUCAUCCAAAUUGGUUUUUUUUUUAAGAUGAACAGUUGAAUCAUACAAUAGUAAGAUUUUUCCAUUUUGGGAAAAUAAUAUAAUUAGUAGUUUUGGGGGCAAUAAAAGUAAAUAGUUCAUCCCAAAAGAACAUAUGAAAUUAUAUAAAGAAUGAGAAGUUUACAUUCUAAUAUAUUGCAUAAUUCUAAGAUCUCCUGCAAUUCAGUCACCCCUCUAAAAAAUAUUUGUUCUUUUUUGAAGAGUACAAUUGAAGGCACAACAAAUUUGGCUAAAUACAUUUUUUUAAAAUGUUACUGUUUUAAGAAAUUGCAGGAUGUUGUGACCUUGCAAGAGCCACUUAGAUAUUGUGAUUAAAAGUAAUUUUUAAACUUGACUUCUAUUGCUCUAAGUGUUGCAUAUAAAUUAAGUAGACACAAUUUUAGGUCAAAUCAUAAAAACUCUUUUUUUCCUAUGGAUUUUUGGUCUUCAUUUCUAAUGAAUGAGACCUUGAGAUCUUUCUGCCUGUUCAGAAUCCAUGAAACUUUAAAAAACUUUGCCUCUUAACAUAUUUACUUGUGUGUGUGGGGGGGGGUGUAUUAACCCCUUGAGUGUACUAAUAAAUUAGUCCUUACUGACUAAUCAUGGUGUGGGCAUGAUUAAGAAGAAUGUUACAUGCACUCACUUAACCAGCCUAACUUUUGUUCCAGAGAGAGAUAACAAAUAAUGAAUUAUUUCUAUGCUAAGCAAAGAAUACUUACGCUUUCAGAAUCCCAUAGGGGAUUUUUUCCUAAAUGACAUUUUCUAAGCAUUGUAACAAAUGAGUGUGUAGUUUUGCUACACCUGAACAUAUAUAUAAUUUCCAAGUAAACUCUUAAGAUUAGCUGCUGAGUGGUGGCCUAUAGGUACAAAAUAUAAACCUCAGUUUUUAUUUGUAAAUUUUUGUUAUAGAUAAGCUAAUGCCUAGUUGGGAGGGACAGAGACAGAGAGACACUGAAUGAGACACAGCAUUGGCCCUCAAUUUUGAAGAUAAUACCAACGGCAAUGAGAUCCAAAUUUGCAUGUGUAGGUGUGACUAAAAAUACUAUGUAUGACCAACAGCUCAUUCUUCUCUUUGCAUGCCAAGAUUUUUCCUUUUCUAUGGUGAUAUGUUUGCUAUUUGCAACGCUCAUUGUUUUUAAAUUUAUCUCUUGGAAUCCCAUUUCUUCUUGAGGAGAGUAGACUUAUUCUAGUUGCCAAAUGCCAGGCUGAUCUUUUUCCUGCAGUUCUGAGUUGUUUGGUAGUGAUGCUUUCCUGUUUUAAAGAUGUUUUGUUUUUUUUCUUACCCCUGCUUGGUAUAUCCCAUUUCGGCUCGCCAUUCAGCAAUGCCUGUGGCUUUUUACUGGGCUGUAAUAAGCAUUGCCUCGGAAUGACUGUGACCCAGAAUUUCACUGUUCAUGAUUCUUCUGUCUUGACACCUGGAGUUCGUAUGACUCUUAGAUUACUCUGCUAAAAGUGUUUGGAAAGCCCAGCAAGACUCAUGGACUAUAUUUCUCUAUAUUAGGCUACAGAAAGCUUCUGUAGAAUCCCUGUAGAACGUCUUUAGCUCUAUUCUACGAAGAGACCUCAUUUUAAAACUUAUUUUUAUUAUUACUACUAUGAUAAUGAGCACUUUGUGCCAAGCAGUAUAUUAAGCAUGGAGGUGAGAACAAGAUGAUCAAAAAGAUAGUCUCUUAAGGGAAUAAAGGUAAGAGAAAACAAUAAUUACAAAUAAUUAUAAUAGUAAUGUAACAGUCCAAAAUAAUAUUAAACAAGUAGAUGAAUAAUUAUUAGUGGGGGACAGUCCUCAGGCUCCUCAUCCCUCCAGCAACAGUCCUUCUUUAGAUCAGAUUAGGGUUUCAGGAAAGGGAAAAAGCAGUAGGAAUGCAUAAAUCCUGAUCAGGGCAGGGAGGGUAAGAGGAAGUAUAUAUUGACACUAAGAAAAAAGGAAUUUUUUCAUAAGCUGUUACCUAAGAAAAAGCUUUUUAAAGAUUUUCAUAUCGCUAUUUAUGUGCUUAUAAUGUACUAAGGAUUAUCAUAUUUUUCGAUAUUGUUCAGUGUUUGGGUAAAUAACAUGUAAGGGAAAUUCUUUAGUGCUUCGAAUUUAUCUCAGUUAAUGCCGUUAACUACCUGUUAAGAACUCCAAAGAAUGUUAGAAGUGAAUUUGGAAAAGCCUGAAAUUCUGCGACUAUAUAUAGCUUUUCAAACAAAAUCAGAAUGAAGGGCAUCGUACAAGCCCUUAAAAGGCCAGAAGAGGCAUAACAAAUACCCAUAAUUACAGUGAAAAAUCAGUGUUUUGGGUGUUCUUUAAGUGAUAAACAUCAUCAUCUGUCAUGGGCGGUAUGAGCCCCUGAGGUCUUUCUGUAGCUCUCAAAACUUUGCCACUUGACAAUUCUCUCAGCUUCUAAAACUAAGUAGAGAGUGAAGGCAGGGCAGGUAAUAGAAAUGCUGAGCACAUUAAGGAGAAUACAUCCUAUAUUUAUAUCAUCGUCCUUUCUAACAUUGCUGAGAUGCCUUGGGGAUCUGGAACCUUGUUCCCUAAUCCCCUCCUGAGAGAAGGGGCAGAGAAGGAGCAGAAGGGGCAGAGAAGGAGAGUGAUUUAGUGUGGGGAAGAGAGGAGUCAGAAGCAGGAUAUCUUUCCCUCAUCAUGCACCACAUGUUUGUCGGGGUCCUGCUGCUAUCUCAAAAUCAAAAUUCAUAUCUCAUUAACAUGAAAGCUAGAUUUAAAGACAAUACUAGGUAAUCUUGGUUUAACUCUCUUGAUAUUAGUUUCUAAAGGGUCCAGGAAGAAAGUGAUUUAUGAAUUUCAAAUUCAUAAAUAAUUUCUGAAUGGGAACCAACAUUGGUGGGGUAUUUUUCAGCAACUUUAUUAAAAGAAAACAACACAAAAACAAAAUAUAAAUAUUCCAAAAACAACUCUACAAAACAGAAAAAUUAAACUGUCAUUUUCCAGGGCUUUCUACCAAAAUUUGAUUCCUGUCAUCAGGAAUGUCUGGUGGUAUGGUCUUCCGGUCCCAGUUCACUCUUCUGAUUUUUGGACCACUGCCAGAAUUGAAUGAAAAGUUGAGGUGAUCUUGCAGAUAGCUUAGGCACAAUAGUAAUAAUUAUGGUAUUUUGUUAUUAUAUGUCAAGCACUGUUCCUAGCAUUGGUAUAGAUACACCACCACAUGGGGCUUAGUCUGAGGAGGGAGAAUAUAUGUCUCCAAAUGAGUGCUUAGGACUGCCUGUCACACAGUAAGUGCUCAACAGAUUCCAUAAUAAUAAUCUAGAUAGCUUGAAUGAAGACCUGAUUAUUUUUCUUUUGGCCUGAGUCAUUGGGACGAUUUGCCUCGAUUGUUUAUGGCCAGUUGGUAGCAGCCUUUGCCUGUCUUAACUUAGAAUGAGGACAGGACUAUAGUUGAGAUGCCACCCAUACCAGCAACAUGCUGCGUUCCAGAUCUUCCAAGAGGCCCCUGAGCCCCAGUGAAGAUUGAGAGAGCCACCCAUACUGGAGGUAAUCUAAAUUUCUAAACACCCAGGGAUUUAUUAUGUAUCCACAUUACUAUGGAUAGUGAGAUCAGUGGAACAGAUGGCUGGUCACCCAACCAUCUAUUCACCUGGUAUGCCUCUUCUGAUGUACGAGCAAAUGGAUUUUGGUAUCCUUGUCCACGUCCAAUGUCUGGGCAGUAUGUGGUUAAUGACAUUGUACAAAUUUGCUUUUUUAUUUGAGUAAACACUCCUGUUCCAUAGGAAAAAUAAAAUCACUAGUGUGCAGUUUUAUAGCUUUUUGCUGUGACUCCACUAAAUGCUCCUAGGAUUGGCAAUGGGUCAGUUGCCGAGGUAUCGAAAUAUUGGAAACACGGCUGCAUUUUUUGAACACUCUGAGUAAAGAUUGUUUAACUGCUCAUUUUAAUGCAAGAUGAAAUUUGAUUAGGUAGACAGGGGAUGUCAUUUUGUUGGAAAGAAUUUAGUAAGAUGAUGAGUGCAAUGGAAGCAUUGUUAUCCCCCUCUACAGAUCUGCAGAAUAGAAAUUUCAUGGAGUUUGAAAUAACUAAAGUGGGAGAGGAAUGUUUUGUGUGGGAGUGGGGGAAUGACAGAUUGGAGUUUACUACUGAAGGAUUUAAAACUAGAAAUGUGGAAAAACAGUUUGUGAAUGGAGAUUUGCAUGGAGGUUACAUUUUUGUCAUUUUAUGAUGCAGUAUGCAGCUGGUGUUUGCUUUGUUUUUGCACUUUUUUCCACUGUCCAGUAUUAAAGUAUGAAAAUCAA